AUGCUGCGAAACCGCGAAACUUCGCAGACUUUCGGCGCCACUUUCGUGCAGCAGUUUGCGAACGCAGAAGACGACCUCGACCACAGCAGGGCAGCCGGGGGAGCAGGCGCUGCCGGGAGCGCCGCCGCCGCAUCCGGCGGUGGCGGUGGCGGCGGAGGAAGAGUCACAGCGUCCGGCGCCAUAGAGCUUAGCGUAAGAAGCGGAGAGAAGGACGAAAAGGAUUCGGAUAGAGAGGAUUCGUCUCGUUCGCACCAUGGGAAGAGCCGAGCAGCGGAGUGGACGCGAGAGGUUGGGAGAGACAUGGGCCGCGAUUGGAAUAAAGAGCGAGAGUGGGGGCGACCGCCUGCAAGCUCCUCCGCAGGCGGGGACAGGGCAGCGGGAGGUGCGGCGGGAGGCACGGCGGGUGGCGCGGCGAGAGAUGCGGGCCGGGAGAAACCUCGAGUGGUGGACGAUACACUAGAAGACGACGAUGAUAGCCCUGCCGACCCGGAGGUGCUGUCGAGAUGGAAAUAUGGCACGCCCACGUCGGCUUGGUACGCGACGCGUUUCAAUAAGCGCAGACGGAACCCCUGGGCAAGCGGCGGGCACGGGUCCGGCGCUAAGAGCGGGCGGGGAGGAAUUUUAAGCUUUUCACUUAGCGCCGUGGAUUUGGUGCUGCUGCUGCUGUUGAUGCUGCUACUGGUGUACGUUCACGAGCAGGACCAUCGCGGGUGCGACGUUUUCGUUGACGACCUCGAGUUUUUGCGAAAGCAGCUGUUUCGCUGUAGAGCGGAGAGUUUCGACCUAAAGAAGCAGCUCAAUAACGCGUACCGCGGCCGCGCGUGGUCCGCGUGGCAGCACUGCGGCGCCAGUCCCGCGCAGAUGUCCGCAUAUUACAACUACACCCCCGGCAGCACGUGCCCGCCCGUAACAGUUUCGGUUACCAGCGGAGCUAGUGGCGGCUCCCGCGCGUUUGAAGGUGGUAUGGCGCAGCCGCCGCAGCAGCAACUUCAGGGAGAAUCUCAGGAACAGCAGCAGAAGCAGCAGCAGCAGCAACAGCAGCAGCGCUCAGAGCAGUCAGGGCAGUCAGAUGUAGCACGUGAGCAAUGGGAUUUGCCGCCGAGCUCUAGACUAGACGAGGCUCUGCUUUUUGACGCGCGAUGCCUCGACCUCCCCCGCCGCGCCUGCUUCUCCGAUUCCUCUCCUCUCUCGCCCUCCACCGCCGCAACUACCGCCGCGGACACGGUUUCGGGAGGCGACGCGGGCGGCGUCGCAACCGGUGAAUCUGCCGAGCCGCCGUCGCGGGAAGCGGCGAGGUGGACGAAUCCCGAGGCGAAGAGCAUCGCGUGGGAGCUUUACGGCCCGUGCCGCGACUGGGAAUGCCUUAUGGAGCAGGAAGACCAGGCCGAACGCGCGUGGCGCGGGGAUGGGGAUGCGGGUUCCAGUGGUGGAGGCGGUGGCGGUGGCGGGGUUGUGGGCAGGGGGGAUGCAAAAGGGGAGGGGAUGGUAGCCGGGACGGAAGGCGCGGAGUCAGAGGGUUUGGAAAUCGGACGGCUGGGAUUGCCUGCUGCAGUGCGCGGGUGUUUGGUGUCAUGCUUUAACUUGUCUAAGGCCAGAGAGAGAGGCGCUCGUGGGGCAUAUGCGGGCUUUGAUGGAGAUUCAAAGGGUUCAGGGUUGUAUACUCAGGCAGUGCCAGCAGCACCAGAAGGGGCAGCAAUAGCAGCAGAAGCAGCAGCAGCGGCAGCAGCAGCAACAGCAGCAGCAGGGGCAGCAGCAGCAGCAGGGGCGUGGGGAAUGGAUGCAGUGUUGGCAGUGAAACCACCAGGAGGCAUUCGAGUUGGGGUGGACAUUGGAGGGGGCACGGGGAAUUUCGCUGCACUCAUGGCGGACCGAGGCGUUACGGUGGUUACCACCGCGUCCAACCACGGCGCGCCUGUAAUGGAAGUGCUAGCACACAGAGCCCUCCCAGCCCUCCACCUUCCUCCCACCGCCCGCUUGCCCUUAUCGGACUCGUCAUUAGAUUUAAUCCACUGUGCGUUUUGGCCGGCAAUGCUCGCGCAUCCGCCUGCCUUGGAGUCUGUCUUGUAUGAUUGGGACAGAGUGCUUCGCCCUGGGGGACUAGUGUGGCUGGAAAUGGUGCCGUUCUCCCGGCCGUUGAUUCGGAAGAUCCUGGCCGUUGCUGAGGUGGCGCAGUGGAAGAAGCUGAAGUGGGCGAAGGUGGCGGGUGGUGGGGGGAGUGGAGUGGGGAGGAGUGGAGAGUGGGGUGGUGAUCGGGGGGGUUGGUUGCUGAAUGUUUUGUUUGAGAAGCCUAUGAAGAGAGUACAGGAGGAGAAGAGGGCAAUUGCUGUCAUGAGUUGA